AUGGGUUCCAACAAGCGUUUGCAUAGGCAAUCCCUGUCGGAAGCCAUCUCGGUGUCUCUGGGACUACAAUCGCAACCCGUUGGAGAAUCUGGAUUUCCGUCAUUUUCUCGCGCAAAUGCGUUUGCACACAGUCUAACAAAUUCACCACGCCUGGGUCGCUCCUACCUAGGCGCUCUGUCGCCACCGGUAAUGAAGGAACGGAACUCAAGCAACGACUUUCCGGCGUCAUUCAAACCAGAUCAAAACCAGUCGAUCCACAAGUCUCAGAACCUACACCGGCAAACGGCAGCUCUUUCCAACGACUUCGACGGUGCGUUCGAGUUUGACGAUCAAGCAGACCUGCUGCAAGACAGAAAUGAGUCCAACAAGGCCAACGAGGAAUCUGCAGCGGUUUUGGCUGGCUUGUCGCCAACAAACAGUGAAUCUGAGACUCCUUAUCCAAAUGAAAGCCUGGACGUAACAGACCUUUUGCUUUCAUCACACCCAAACCAGGACCUGGAAUAUGGCGCGGUUGAUAGAUCCGACGAACAGUACAUAUCGCUGCAGUCGCCUCGUGACUCCGAUUUCCAGGACGUUUUGCUGGACCCAAACGCCUCCACUAUGGAUAAAGUUACUUUUACCUCGCGUAGGGUAGUCAUGUACAUCCCCUCCGUAAUACUGGGACUGCUGCUUAAUAUCCUAGAUGCCCUAUCCUAUGGUUUGAUCAUUUUCCCUAUCACAGAACCCUUCUUUGCGCACAUGGGUCCUGCCGGGUUAUCCAUGUUUUACGUUUCCUGCAUUAUUUCCCAAGUUACCUAUUCAAGUGGUUUUUCGGCGUUUAGAAAUGCUGUUGGAAGUGAAAUGAUUGAAAUUACACCAUUCUAUCAUGCUAUGGCUGCGUCCAUCUCCACUAGUUUAUCCGACCAACAAGAUCGCGCUAUUCCCACUACUAUCGUUUGCUAUGCAUUGAGUUCCGUCAUGACUGGACUUCUCUUUUUCCUGCUUGGAAAAAUGAGGUUGGGCAAAAUUGUCGGCUUCUUCCCUCGUCACAUCCUAAUUGGAUGUAUCGGCGGUGUCGGCUAUUUUCUAAUUAUUACUGGGCUAGAGGUUACGACCCGUGUCUCCAAGUUUGAGUACUCUUUUGGAUUUUUAUCAAGUCUUUUCACAGAUUUUGCCACAUUCGGUAAGUGGGCGUUGCCAACGGUAAUGGCUGUUUCGCUCGUUGUGAUCCAGCAUGUCUUCGAAAAUUCAUUGGUUCUACCAACCUUUUACAUCGCCGCUCUGGUAAUUUUCCAUUUCGUUGUCGCCUUGGUUCCAAGUUUGUCUUUAGAUAGUUUGCGCGGAUCUGGCUGGAUUUUCCCACCCACAGACUCCACUGAACAUUGGUAUGGAUUCUAUCAGUACUACAACUUUCGGCUUGUGAGUUGGCCGCUGAUUUUAAAACAAAUUCCGACCAUGUUAGCGUUGACCUUUUUCGGUAUUUUGCACGUUCCAAUCAAUGUGCCUGCCCUUGCCAUGUCUGUGGGAGUGGACAAAUAUGACGUCGAUAAGGAACUGAUUGCCCACGGCUAUUCGAACUUCCUCUCUGGAUUAGUAGGCUCAGUUCAAAACUAUUUGGUUUACACUAACAGUGUCCUUUUUAUUAGAGCCGGUGCGGAUAGUGCCAUGGCAGGGAUGAUGUUGGCUGCCGCUACUUUUGGGAUCAUGACUAUGGGUCCAGUUAUUAUAUCGUACAUUCCAAUUUGCAUUGUUGGAUCAUUAAUCUUCCUCCUGGGCUAUGAACUUAUGAAAGAGGCUCUUUACGAUACUUGGGGGAAGUUGAACAAAUUUGAAUAUGCCACCAUAGUCAUUAUCGUGUUUACGAUGGGUGCGUUUGAUUUCGUCUUAGGUAUCAUUGUCGGUAUUUUGAUUGCAUGCUUUUCGUUCUUGGUAGAUAGCGCAAAAUUACAAACAGUGAAUGGGGAGUUCAAUGGCCAAGUAGCGCGCAGUACUGUUCGUCGUGAUUACAUCCAAACACAGUUCUUGAACAAAAUCGGAGAACAAAUCCAUAUACUGAAACUGCAGAACAUACUUUUCUUUGGGACCAUCUUGUCGAUUGAAGAAAAGAUAGAUAAGCUUUUGGAAAUAAGCAAUAACGAUGCCUCAAAGCAAAGGAUAAAGUAUCUGAUUCUUGACUUUAAGAAUAUAAAUGCGGAUAACAUCGAUUAUUCUGCAGCUGAGGGUUUCAACCGGAUAAAAAGAUUUACGUCUACCAAGAGAAUUAAUUUAAUCAUUUCUUCUAUCAAGACCACUGAUGUGAUUUACAAUGCCUUCAACAAAGUCGGCCUGCUGGACGGGGUCGAAUUAUUUGGCGAUCUCAAUAGCGCUCUAGAAUGGUGCGAAAAUGAGCUGUUGGUUCAGUUUAAGGAACUGCGUGCAAGACCUCAGUUACAUACCGAGAAGAAGAGGGAAAGGACAAUGAAUAAAGGGCUUUUGCCUCUUAACACUCCGCGGAACACUCAGUUCGUUUCAGUAGCUCAGAAGUUACUGACCGAUGAACAAUCCAUCCCUCAUUAUAAGCAGAGUUAUCGUGAGAAACAACCUGUGCUGCCGCUGCUGUUCUCGUCGCUGCAGAAAUUCCGCCCACAAAUGAUGUCUUCUAACAACAAAGUCAAGGAGACGGAGGAAAAGCUAUGGGCAGGUCUGGGCAAGUACUUUGUCAAGAGAAGGCUAGCAGCUCAAACUUUGCUUCCGCACAGAGACAACAUCUUUUUUGUCAUUGAAAGCGGAAUGGUUAAAGUUACGUACAAUCUACGCCAAGGUCAACUAUACGAGAUCAUGUCAGGCAAGACCUGCUAUGGACGAAUGAGCACCCAAGGUUCAGGCGACGAUUUAAUUUCCUGUGUGGAAGUGACUAUGGAAACCGACUGUACUUUGUGGAUUAUUGACGAAGGAAGUCUUGCAAAGCUCAAGAACGAGAAUCCUAACUUAUACACGGAGAUCCUACUAGUCACUUUGUCCAUCAACCAAGAACGCUUGAGAGAGCUUCUGGGCUAUUGCUUGGUUAGCAGUUGA